AUAAUCAAAUAAACCCAUAACAAUAUUAUCAUUGGAGUUCCUAACAACAUUAUCAGAUGGCUUCACUAAGCUUGCUUGAAGCUUCCGUAGCCAUUCUUUGUUUUCUCAUCUUCCAUCACUUGCUCUUCAAGAAACCUCAUGACUGGUUCCUUAAAAACUGGCCAGUUCUUGGGAUGCUUCCAGGUUUCCUCAUGGUCCUCCACCGCAUCUACGACUAUAGCGUGGAGGUUCUCGAGAACACCAACUUAACAUUCCCAUUCAAGGGACCGUGGUUCACAGGAAUGGAUAUAUUAGUCACGGUUGAUCCAGCUGACAUCCACUACAUAUUAAGCUCAAACUUCUCCAACUACACCAAGGGAGCUGACUUCAAGGAAGUCUUUGACAUUUUCGGAGAAAUGAUCUUUAACACGGACGGAGAGCUGUGGAAGAAUCAAAGAAGAGCUGCUCAGUAUAUGCUUAACCACCAAGGGUUUCAAAAGCUUUCCAUGAGUGCAACAAGAACUAAACUCAACAACGGUCUUGUUCCUCUUUUCGAUCAUUUUUCAAAGGAGGAGAUGACCGUUGAUUUGCAAAACGUGUUUCAACGUUUCACGUUUGAUACAACUUUUGUUCUUGUAACCGGGUUUGAUCCUAAAACCCUCUCUAUUGGAAUGCCUGAAGACGAGUAUGCUAAAGCCCUUGACCUUCUUGGAGACGGGAUUUUCUUUAGGCAUGUUAUACCAAAGUUCUUGUGGAAGCUUCAAAAGUGUAUUGGGGUUGGACAAGAGAAGAGGACGAUGGAAGCUGGUGCCACUUUUGAUCGUGUUUCCGGGAAAUAUAUAUUAGCUAAGAGAAGAGAGGUACGAUCAAAAGGUACACAUGAUCAACAUGGUGAAUGUCAAGAGGAUCUUUUGACAUCUCACAUGAAGCUUGAUGCAACUAAGUACGAGCUCUUGAACCCUAAUGAUGAUAAGUUCCUUAGAGACACUGUCUUGGCUUUCAAUCUAGCUGGGAGGGACACAAUGGCUUCAGCUCUCUCUUGGUUCUUCUGCCUUUUAUCUGAAAACCCUCGUGUAGUUACCAAGAUUCGCCAAGAGGUAAAUCUUCAUGGCCAAGACAACUUAGAGAGGUUGGUGUAUUUACAAGCUGCGUUGUAUGAAUCAAUGAGGCUUUAUCCACCAGUUCCCUUCCAACGCAAGUCUCCUAUAAAACCAGACUUGCUUCCAAGUGGGCAUAAAGUGGACGCAAACUCAACCAUCAUGAUAUUUCUUUACGCGUUGGGGAGGAUGAGAGCGGUCUGGGGAGAAGACGCAAUGGAGUUCAAGCCAGAGAGAUGGGUUUCACAGUCAGGUUGCUUGAGACAUGAGCCUUCCUUCAAGUUCUUAUCGUUUAAUGCCGGUGCAAGAACAUGUCCUGGUAAGCAAUUAGCUCUGACUCUGAUGAAGAAAGUGGCCGUGGAGAUAAUACAGAACUACGAUAUUAAGGUCAUCAAAGGACAAAAGAUUGAGCCAGAUCCUGGUCUCAUAUUGUACAUGAAGCGUGGCCUUAAAGUCACAAUUACUAAGAGAUGUUCAGCUUGAAAUUAAUUAUGUAAGCCCAUUUCCUUACUUAAACCCCUUUUCCGAUGUAGUAAAAAAAUCUAUCACUAAAUAAUGGUAUGAAGUAUGGUUUCUUAUAGUAAAGCCUUUGUAUUCUAUUUAAUUAUAAUGAAAUGAAGCACUGGAAAAUAA